CUUGUAUAAGAGAAACCCUAAAAGAAAGAGAAAAGUCACCACAAUGGAGAGCGGCGAUAUUGUCGGAACCGGAGAUUACGACGUUGAGACGAAGCGAGAGAAGCUGAAAUCGUUGCUCUCUCAGCUACUCGCCGAUCCGAUUCUAGCCGACGUUCCGAAGAAUCCAACACUUUCAGAUGUCGUCACUCUCGUCAGUCUUGAAAAAGGAAGCGCUAUGCGUCUCUCCAUCGUCAAGCUCGACGGCUCUUCCUUGGAUGUGGCGGUCAUGAAUUCAGCUACUUUGAAGGAUCUGAAGCUUUUGAUCAAGAAGAAAGUUAAUGAGAUGGAGCAAGCGAACAUGGGUCAUCGCCACAUCUCUUGGAAGCAUGUAUGGUCAAACUUUUGUCUUUCGUGUAAUAACGAGAAGUUGCUUGAUGAUGACGUAGUUCUUCAGGAUGUCGGAGUCCGGAACAAUUCUCAGAUUGCCUUUGUUCCAUAUGUGAUGAAGAAGGGUCCGGGAAGACACUCUAAGAGGAAAAAGCAUCGUCUCUUUCGUUCACUCCACAAGACUUGUUAGAUAAGUCUCGGUAGAUUUUCGACCAAACAUAGUUAUGUCAUUCAACACUUGAGCUAAAAACUCAUUAGUUACCAUUUCAAAAGCAAUUUUGGUUUCAAUGUAAAGAUUCCCAGUGAUGAAAGUUUUAGUAAUCUUGAACGGUGAGAAAAUGGGGCUCCCUCUUGGGUAAACUUACCAUGGAGGUUUUAGAGGAACCAUUGCUGUAGAUUCUUGGCAACUUCUGAGGGUUUCUUUGCCGCCCAUUAGAAUUAGCAUUUAUUCCUUCUUUACCUGUUUCUUGGGAAUCGGUUUAGCUGAUAAUGGUCAUGUUCAGUGUAAAACUCUAUAUAUAAGCUGUAGAUUAUUGUUCUCAGUGUUCAUAACAGAGUUUUAAAUGGUGUUAUUUUCAUUA